GCGAUCUCAGCCCGGCCCCACCUUGUCCAGGCGCAGGCUCCGCCCCGCCGCCCAGGUCCCGCCCUCAGUGCUCGCCGCGCUCGGCAGCGGGUGGGACGCGGCAGCGGCUCGCUUGUCCUUUGUGUUUGAGUGGCGGCGGACUCGCAGGCCUUCGCCGGCACGUCCCUUUAGCCGGUCCGAGUCGCGCGCUUCCCAGCGACCCAUCAUGUCGGCGGGAGCGGGUGCGGAGGCAGGCUUCUCCAGCGAGGAGCUGCUGUCGCUCCGCUUCCCGCUGCACCGCGCCUGCCGCGACGGGGACCUGGUGGCGCUCUGCUCACUUCUGCCGCACACACCGCGCGCUCACCUGGCCGCGGAAGACUCCUUCUACGGCUGGACGCCCGUGCACUGGGCCGCGCACUUCGGAAAGUUGGAGUGCUUAAUCCAGUUGAUAAGAGCAGGAGCCUCACUGAAUGUCUCCACCACCCGCUAUGCCCAGACCCCAGCCCACAUUGCUGCUUUUGGAGGACAUCCUCAGUGUCUGGUCUGGCUGAUUCAGGCUGGGGCCAACAUUAACAAACCGGACUGUGAGGGGGAAACGCCCAUUCAUAAGGCGGCCCGCUCUGGGAGCCUGGAGUGCAUCAGUGCCCUGGUAGGGAACGGGGCUCGUACUGACCUGAGAAAUGCCAGUGGCCUGACAGCAGCAGACAUUGCACAAACCCAGGGUUUCCAAGAGUGCACCCAGUUUCUCUUGAGCCUCCAGAACCAUCAAAUGAGCCGUUUCUGUCAUAAUGGUACCUUGAGUGGAAGCCACGAGAACACGCUUCCCAAUCACAUUAGCCUGGGAACAAAUCGAAAGAGAUGCUUGGAAGACUCAGAAUCUCUGGGAGUAAAGAAACCUAGAACCGGAGUUCCCAGCCUGGAUCACGCCAUGCCACUAGCGAAUGGCGAGCCUGAAGACGACGCUGACAGAAUGCAUGUUGACAGAGAGUUUGCUGCUGUAUCAGAUAUGAAAAACAGUAGCUCCGUGUUGAAUACAUUGACAAAUGGAAGUGUCAUCAAUGGACAUUUGGACUUCCCCUGCGUGACCCAGCUCAAUGGGAUGGAGAGCAGGAGUAACCCGUGCUUAUCAGGAUCUAAUGGAAUUAGCAAUGAACAGCCAUUUUCCAGUGGCCAGGGUUCUGUGUGUGCUAAUGGGACUGAGGAGCCAGAAAAGACCAUGGGUGUUAACCCUGAGAUGUGUGGGUCUCUGCAUCUGAAUGGGAGCCCAAGUAGCUGUGUGGCCAGCAGGCCGUCCUGGGUGGGGGACGGGGGAGAGAACUUGCACUAUGGACACUACCAUGGGUUUGGGGACACUGCUGAGAGCAUCCCCGAGCUUAGCAGUGUGGUUGAGCACUCAAGCUGCGUGCGGGUAGAACAGCGCUACGACAGUGCCAUCCUGGGCAGCAUGCAGCUGCACCAUGGCUCCUGAAGGCGGAGUCUCCCGCAGCUCCACGGAGCUGCAGGGCCUGUGCUGCUGGGCCUGGGCUUUCUGAGAAAGGACUUGGACCCAUUCACAGUUAGUUCCCCGUGAGUGCUGCUGGAUUCAGAGGGCUUCCCAGGGCAUAUGGACAUUGUUCAUGGAGUGGUGGGCCUCCUACAAGGAGCAUUUGGUUUUCACACCAGCCUCUCUCUCUUUUUUUAAUUCUAUUUGAUCAGGAUGAUUUGUGUUAGUAAAUGAGGUGCCUGGUGACACGUGGGCCUCGUUUGAAAUCAUUGACCUUUUGCUGUAGCAUUCAUGACAACACAGCUGGUUCCUCUGCAAGGUGCAGCCUUACAGCAGUGUCUUGCAGCCACAUAGGAAGAGGGCUGUCUCUGUCGGGGCAUAAUAGUUUCCUGGUUUCCUAUGUAGACCACUGCCUGUGUUUCCUUAGAAACAGGCUCUGCCUAGGAUGGAUUACGGAUUGUUGCAUUUUUAUUCCACAUUUCUACUUGGUCUCUAGAUUUUUUUUUUUUUUAUCACGGAUAAUGGUUGUCUUUAUAUUUAGUGGAAGUCAUGUUUGUAGGAACAGUCAGGUCAGAAUAUUUUACUAUGGCGACCUAUUUUUUUGUUACUGUUUUUUGAGGUUUUCUGCUUAAAUAUAUAUAUAUAUAUAUAUACCACUAUAUAUCAAGUUAACUAGAGAAUUUUGGAUUUCUCUUUAUUAAAAUUGCAUUAAAUUUAUGGUUUUAUAGAAAGUAGCUUUUGUUUAGGCAACUAAUGAUUACACUGCAAAUACCGCAAUGAUUUUUGUGCAGAUAAACAAUGAGAUGAAGAAAGCAAUGUUUUAAGAGUGUACUAGCAUUUUGUUUUUUCAAUUGUUCUUUACAAAUUGAAUUAAAAAAUAUUCACUGCUGA